GGGCGGGCGGCGGCGGCGGCGGGUGGCGUCGGGGGCGCCUGCGGCGGACAGUGGCGGCGCCGGGCGGAGAGGCCGCGGCUGCCGGGGUCGUCGGGGGACAGCGGUGAGCUCAGGCCUGGGCGGCGGCGGCCGGGGGCGCAGGCGGAGCCCCGCGCCGGCCCAAGGUCCCGGCUAUGGCCGCGGCUACGAUCGUGCACGACACGUCUGAGGCGGUGGAGCUGUGCCCCCCGUACGGCCUGUACCUGAAGCCCAUCACGAAGAUGACCAUCAGCGUGGCGCUGCCGCAGCUGAAGCAGCCGGGCAAGUCCAUCUCCAACUGGGAGGUGAUGGAGCGGCUGAAGGGCAUGGUGCACAGCCACCAGUUCUCCACGCUGCGCAUCUCCAAGAGCACCAUGGACUUCAUCCGCUUCGAGGGCGAGGUGGAGAACAAGAGCCUGGUCAAGUCCUUCCUGGCCUGCCUGGACGGCAAGACCAUCAAGCUCAGCGGCUUCUCCGACAUCCUCAAGGUGCGCGCCGCCGAGUUCAAGAUCGACUUCCCCACGCGCCACGACUGGGACUCCUUCUUCCGCGACGCCAAGGACAUGAACGAGACGCUGCCCGGGGAGCGGCCGGACACCAUCCACCUCGAGGGCCUGCCCUGCAGGUGGUUCGCCCUCAAGGAGUCGGGCUCCGAGAAGCCCAGCGAGGAGGUGCUGGUCAAGGUGUUCGAGAAGUUCGGGGAGAUCCGCAAUGUGGACAUCCCUAUGCUGGACCCCUACCGGGAGGAGAUGACCGGCCGCAACUUCCACACCUUCAGUUUCGGGGGACACUUGAACUUCGAGGCCUACGUGCAGUACCGCGAGUACGUGGGCUUCAUCCAGGCCAUGAGCGCCCUGCGCGGCAUGAAGCUCAUGUACAAGGGGGAGGACGGCAAGGCCGUGGCCUGCAACAUCAAGGUCUCCUUCGACUCCACCAAGCACCUGAGCGACGCGUCCAUUAAGAAGCGGCAGCUGGAGAGGCAGAAGCUGCAGGAGCUGGAGCAGCAGAGGGAGGAGCAGAAGCGCCGCGAGAAGGAGGCGGAGGAGCGGCAGCGCGCCGAGGAGAGGAAACAGAAGCAGCUGGAGGAGCUGGAGCGGGAGCGGAAGCGCGAGGAGAAGCUGCGCCGGCGGGAGCAGAAGCAGCGGGACCGCGAGCUGCGCCGCAGCCAGAAGAAGCUGGAGAAGCUGCAGGCGCAGGAGCAGAAGCAGCUGCAGGAGAAGAUCCGGCUGGAAGAGCGCAAGCUGCUGCUGGCCCAGCGCAACCUGCAGUCCAUCCGCCUCAUCGCCGAGCUGCUCAGCAGGGCCAAGGCCGCGAAGCUGCAGGAGCAGGAGCGUAAGGACGCGUCGCUGCGGCUGCAGCAGCUGGAAGAGCGGCGGCGGCGGCAGGAGGCCGAGCUGCGGCGCGUGGAGGAGGAGAAGGAGCGCGCGCUGGGGCUGCAGCGCAAGGAGCGCGAGCUGCGGGAGCGGCUGUUGAGCAUCCUGCUGAGCAAGAAGGCGGACGACCCCCGCGCGCGCGACGAGCUCGCGCUCUCCCACGCGCGGCUCCUGCAGCCCGUGCUGGACAUCCUGCAGACCGUGUCGGCCGGCCGCGUGGGCGCCGCUGCCGUGCACCCGCUGGGGGGCCAGCCGCCCCCUGACACGCCGAAGGACACCCCGCCGCGGCCGGAGAGCGAUGGCACGUCCAGGAACGCGACCGGGAGCGUCCCCGAGGAGGCCCCGUGCAAGGAAGGCCCCGAUUCUCGCCUCGCCGCUGCGGGGGACGCUUCCCCGGACAAGAGGUGCCCCGGCGUGCUCGCCUGCAUUCCCGACAACAACCAGCAGCCCAAGGGCCUGCCCGCCGCCUGGGACCAGACCGCGCCCAAAAAGGACAUCCGUUCCGAGCAAGACAAGUGCAACCGGGAGCCCAGCGGGAGCCGAGGCCGGGCCAGCGGGGGCCGCGCGGAGGACGAGCGGCACAAGCGGGAGAGGAGCCGGCCGCGGCGGGCGGGCAGUCGGGAGGGCGGGAGGCGGCCGCGGAAGGAGCGGCGGCAGCACAAGGAGCGCUCACGCCAGGACGACAGCCCUCCCCGGCGGAGCGCCAGCCCCGCGCACAGCCGGUCCCGCAGGUCGCGCAGCAGGGAGCGGUCCAGCCGCCGCGAGAGGAGCCCAGACCGCAGGGGCGGCUCGGGCCGGAAGCGUAGCCGCCAUCGCCGCAGCGAGCGAGACAGGUCGCGCUCAGGGUCCCCCAGCCGGCACCACAGCACCUGGAACAGGUAAUGCAUGGUGUCCCGUGCGGCCGCCGGCCGGAGAUCCGGACCGUGGCGCUUCCCCGCUCUCCUUCCGCCUGGCCUCCACGCAGCACGGCGCCCAGGAACCAGCCACGCAGGAGGGCCACGCGUCCCACGUCUCCUUCGUCGACACCCGCUGGUCCUCUUUGAGCGCGCCGUCCGCAGUCGCUACCUUUAGUUUUCCCUCGAAACUGUCGUUGCGAUAGCUUUAACGUCACCGGUCUGUGUCCAACAGGAGAGGCGCCCUGGCCGGCAGCGGUGACACGUGCGCGCAGGCCGAGCGGCCUUUUUGUCCCGUCCAGGGACGUCCCCGCGUGCAUUGACUGCACGGGACGCACGUGCCCGUCGUCUGGGGACAGACUGUCAAGGACGGACAGCCGGGGUCCCACAGGGCCUGAAAAUUUGAAAAAGCCGCGCCUUCGCGCUUUUGUUUCCUUUUCCUUUUGUAAUUUUAAGUGAUUGGGAAGUGCGGUUGGCGGGAUGUCGGUAGAAGCCGGUGGUCUGGCGCGUGCGGCCCCACGUGGCACCGGGCAAGUCCUCGAGCUCAGCACGCGCCCGUGCUGCCUCUCCAGCCCCGGUGCGUGCGGGGCGGUCGGCUCGGUGUCCCUCCCCUUCGCUCCGGAAGCAUCCGCGCUGCAAACUGGUCAUUACGCAUCAAGGAAGGUCGGUGCGGAGCUUUGGUUUCUAGUCGAGGUUAGCGUGUGUGGGUUUUUUAAGAAGCCGUUUUGCUAAAUUAUUUUUACUUGGAACAUUUCAAACAGAUUUAAGGCUUAAAAACUUGUUAAAUUUUAUAAUCAUUUGCUUCUCCAAGUGAAGCCCAAGAAAUACUUAAAAAUAGCUGUAAUGUUUGCGUUAGGAAAGACGGUGUUUACUCCAGUUUGCAUUUUUGUGGAAUAAAAUCUUUUUCCAAUGAACUGA